AUGUCCAGCGGAAACAAGCGUGCCGUUGGCGAGCUGGCUACGGUCCUUCCCCGUCGGGACAAGCCCUGGUACCGUACACCAAGCUUGCUCCAGCUCAAUUUCUAUAUUUUUAUUGUUUGCUUUUCUGCGUCGGGAAUGGGCUUUGAUGGAUCGAUGAUGAACGGAUUGCAAAGUCUGUCAACCUGGACAAGUUACUUUAAUAACCCGAAUUCCGCUCUUCUUGGUGUCACCAAUGCCGUCUUGAAUCUCGGACCGAUCCUUUUUGGAGGUAUAGUUGCAUGGUUUGCCGAUCGCUUCGGACGUCGUCUUACCCUUCAAGUCGGGUGUGGAUUGAUUGUCAUCUCCGCCGCAAUCCAGGCAGCUUCCCAGAAUCUUGCCAUGUUCAUCAUCGCCAGAUUUCUCAUCGGAGUGGGCAUUGAAUUCACCAUGGUUCCUUCACCAGUUUUGACGAACGAACUUGCGUAUCCAACGCAUCGUGGUAAAUUUACCAGUCUAUGUUAUAGCUUUUACUUAGUUGGGUCCAUUCUCUCUAGUUGGACCACCUAUGGGACCUUUCGGAUGAAUAACUCUAGUUGGACCUGGCGAAUUCCCUCUCUGCUUCAGGGUGCCAUUCCUUGUAUCCAAUUUUUUGUGCUUUUCUGGGUUCCAGAAUCCCCCCGUUGGCUUAUGAGCAAGGGCCGUCUUGAUGAAGCAAGGGCAUUCUUUGUCAAGUAUCACGGCGAUGGAGACGAACAUUCCCCCCUCGUUGAGCAAGAAAUCCAAGAUAUCCAAGACUACAUACGCAUCCAGCAAGGACUGGGCUCUCUCAGUUGGAAACAGUGUGGCAAUGGAGUGGUCAGCUAUUAUCUCUCCUUGAUCCUCAAUUCGGUUGGCAUCACUGGUUCCCGCGAUAAAACUCUCAUCAAUGGUAUUUUGCAAAUUGUUAGCUGGGUGGCAGCUAUCAUUGGCAGUCUACUCGUUGACCGAGUUGGCCGUCGUCUACUUUGGAUUUUAUCAAUCACUGGCAUGCUGGCAUCUUACACCACGUGGACAGUAUGCUCGGCACCAUACGCGGAGCAUGACUCUGCUAGGCUGGCAAAAGCUGUAUUGGUCCUUAUCUUCUUCUUUCAGGUUUUCUACUCCGUGGGAAUCACCCCUCUUGGCCCUUGUUACUCCGUGGAGAUUCUUCCUUUCCACAGCCGCCAAAAGGUCAUGGUGGUGUCUUAUGUUGGCAACAGCUGUGCCGGCCUUUUCAACUCCUUCGUGUCACCUAUUGCACUUGAUGGCAUUGGUUGGAAGUACUAUCUAGUCUAUAUCGUGAUGCUUCUUCAAUUUUUGAUCAUUGUUUAUCUGUUCUUCCCUGAGACUCGUGGAUACGCUUUGGAGAGCAUUUCCGGAUUAUUCGAAGACAGUCGCCUGUUUCUUGGUCGGAUCAAAAUCCGACCCGAUCAUGACAUGAUUAAACAAGCGGCAGAGAAGAGCCAGAUCGACAAAUCUGAAGUAGAGUUUGUUGAGAAUGUCGCCACUAAGACCCGGUGCGUUGCUGAAGAACUGUGA